GCCAACAAUGAAAUCUCACAAACUCCUAAACCCUCAGACCCUUAAACCCCAAAAGCUCGGACCCAUUUUCCUCCCAAUCCAAUCUCUCUGUUUCCUCACCCAACCAGACCCUCCUCCACCCAUCACCCACCACUCUCUCCUCAAUUCCAUCCAAACUUGUCAGUGGCAUUUCAUCGAACACCUUCCGCCCAACCUUCCCUCCUCUCUAAUCUCCCAAACAUUCUUCCAUCUCCACCAAAGCCCUCACCUCGUCCAUCAAUUCACAUCCCACAUCGACUUUCCCCGCCUCGAAAUCCAAACCCAAUGCCUCGCUGUCGCCAUUCUCGCCGCCCUCCCUUCCCCAAAACCCUCCUUGGAGCUCCUGAAGCAACUCCUCGGCAGCGGCAUUGCUCCGGUUCGGGACGUUUUCGACUCGCUGGCUCUUGCCCGAGUGCGCUUGACUGCCCAAAGCGGCGUCGUUUUGGACUUGCUGGUAAGUGCUUGCUGUGAAUUGAAGAGGGCUAAUGAGGCUUUUGAGUGUUUUAAAUUGAUGACGAGUGGAAAUGUUAUGCCUAGGACUAAGACUUGUAAUGAAUUGUUGAGUUUGUUUUCGAAAUUGAAUCGAACCGAGAGGGCUUGGGUUUUGUAUGCUGACAUGUUUAGGUUGAAGAUCAAGUCCAGUGUUUGUACUUUUAACAUCAUGAUUAAUGUGUUGUGCAAAGAAGGCAAGUUGAACAAGGCAAAGGAGUUUCUUGGGUUUAUGGAGAUUUUGGGGAUUAAGCCUACUGUUGUUACUUAUAAUACUAUCAUUCAUGGGUUUUGUUUGAGAGGCAGAGUUGGAGGGGCUUAGAUGAUCUUUAGUGCUAUGAAAGGUAGAGCAGUUCAGCCGGAUUCUUACACGUAUGGAUUGCUUAUUAGUGGGAUGUGUCUGGUCUU